AUCAUCGAUUCCCUAUCCAGUUCCAAGCUUAUCGACUGGUUGCACACAAGCACAAAGCUUCAAUGGCGUCGUCGUUAUCCUCCGUGCUCGGCCACCCCCACUGCAGUCUCCGCCUCAAGAGGCUCCACAGUCGAUGCCGCGUGGGUCUCAUACUUCUCUCCCCACCUAAGCCCCAGGCUUCGAUUUCCCGCUGCUUCCCCCGCCGAGCGACACGACCGCUCCGGAGGGCCGUUCCUCUCGCUCUCUCCUCCAGAAGCUUCUCCCAAUCCCAUCUCUCCGUCCCGGAGGGCCCAAGCCUCCGCCAUUUCGUCGCUCAAGCUGCUCUCACCGCCUCCCAAGCCCAGCCCCACCAAUUACCAGCUUCUGAAGUAACUUCAAGAGGGCGCAUCUAUCAUGAGACUUAUGGAUGUCAAAUGAAUAUCAAUGAUAUGGAGAUUGUCCUAUCUAUCAUGAAGAAUGCUGGAUAUAGUGAUGUGGUGGAUGUUCCUGAGAGUGCAGAGAUCAUUUUCAUCAACACUUGUGCUAUCAGGGACAAUGCGGAACAAAGGGUGUGGCAGAGGCUUAAUUACUUUUGGUUUCUUAAGAGACACUGGAAGAGCAAUGUCGCUAUUGGAAGAUCAAACUCGGUGCACCCUCCAAAAGUAGUGGUCUUGGGAUGUAUGGCUGAGAGGUUAAAGGACAAGAUACUUGACGCAGACAAAAUGGUUGAUGUGGUCUGUGGACCAGAUGCUUACAGAGACUUGCCACAAUUGUUAGAAGAGGUAGAGUACGGACAAAAGGGGAUCAACACGCUUCUUUCACUUGAAGAGACCUAUGCUGAUAUUAGUCCGGUUCGAAUCUCCAAAAAUUCAGUUACUGCUUUUGUCUCAGUGAUGAGGGGUUGCAAUAAUAUGUGCUCAUUCUGCAUUGUUCCUUUUACUAGAGGCAGGGAGCGGUCACGCCCUGUGGAAUCAAUAGUGAAGGAGGUGGGGGAGCUUUGGAAAGAAGGUGUGAAAGAGGUAACACUUCUUGGCCAGAAUGUAAACAGCUAUAAUGAUGCAUCUGGGGAUGAAAAAGAAGUUGAACCAGGAACUAAUUGGAGCCUUAGUGAAGGCUUUUCCAGCAUGUGCAAGGUAAAAAAAAUGGGUUUACGUUUUUCUGAUCUCUUAGAUCGACUAUCCACAGAAUUUCCUGAGAUGCGGUUCAGAUACACAUCCCCACAUCCGAAAGAUUACCCUGAUGAGUUACUCUAUUUAAUGCGAGACAGACAUAAUAUUUGCAAAUAUAUCCAUUUACCUGCACAAACUGGGAGUAGCACAGUACUUGAAAGAAUGCGUCGGGGAUAUACCCGAGAGGCAUACUUAGAUCUUGUGGAAAAGAUACGAAGAAUUAUUCCAGAUGUGGGAAUAAGCAGUGAUUUCAUAUGUGGUUUCUGUGGAGAAACAGAGGAUGAACAUGCGGACACGCUAAGCCUCAUUAGGGCUGUUGGUUACGAUAUGGCAUACAUGUUUGCUUAUAGUAUGAGGGAGAAAACCCAUGCCCACAGAAACUACAGUGAUGAUGUUCCUGAGGACGUCAAGCAGAGGCGACUGACUGAAUUGAUUGAGGCUUUCCGUGAGAGUACAGGUCAAUGUUUUGAUUCCCAGGUCGGAACUGUGCAACUGGUACUGGUUGAAGGGCCCAAUAAGAGAGCUCCAGAUACAGAGCUUAUUGGCAAGAGUGAUAGAGGUCAUAGAGUUUCAUUUAUAAAUCUGCCAGUACCAUGCUGGGAUGAUGGUAUUAAUGGGAACAGAAAUCCUGUAGUCGGUGAUUAUGUGGAAGUUCAUAUAUUGAAAUCUAGCCGAGCAUCACUCUCUGGGGAGGCACUUGCUAUAACUAAAUUGAGUUCAUUUUACAACAAUGUGGGUGAAGAAGCUGUUGCUUGUGAAAGCCGAAGUUGAAAUUUCUCCAGCUUUGGAUGUGCCAUUUUAUCUUCCCUUUUUUCCUCAAAUGAAAUUUUGCAAGAUUAUUCUUGUUCAGCAUUGGCGGGCAGCUUCUUACUGGGCAAUUGAGAUCUGAUUGGAUCACAAUGUGUUAAAAUUUCUCUUGCCAUGAAAAUGGUUUAGGCGUGAGAGUCUACAAUAUAAGAUUGUGCUUCAAAUUGUCUCCAAUGACUUGCAACUUCAACAUAGUGUAGAGGUGCAACACCUUUUUGUAUUUCACUUUCAAAUUAUCAGUCAAUGGAGCUCUCUGAUGGAGAGCAUUUGCAGAUUGACCAUUGCAAUCUGCAUUCCAUACAAA